AUGGCUCUGAGAGUUCAUCUCACCCCCAAAAUCCCCACAUUCCAACCUCCAUCUCCAUCUCCAACACUCAACUUUUAUCUUUCCCCUUCUGUAAUAACAUUCUCUAGCAACCGAACCAAAACCCUAAUCAAAUGCACCUCCUCGGACCUCAGCUCGGGAGAAUCAGAUUCAGAGUCAGAGCUGGCUUUAAAUUUGGCAAGAGAAGUGGAGAAGAUGAACAAUCUUUUGGUGCAGAGAGCGGAGGCCAUGGAAAAGAGCAGAGGACUGUUGUUCAAGGAAGUGUGUCAGUACUUAUCAAUGGAUUCUGAUGAGGUUGGAAGCCAUUGGAGGAAGAUGGAAGAGGAAGACAAGUGGGUUUUGGUUAAAAGGUUUGUAUCUGAUUGGGGUGUGAAUUUUCAUCCACUUUCUGCUAAAUCAAUCAAAGAAUUGAUUGAAGAACAUUUAACUGCAAUUGAAGAUGAUUAUCAACAAAACAAUUCUUUAAAAUCAUCAUCAUCUUCUUCAUUGUUUCCUUCUUUGAAGAAAUUCAUGUGGUUUUCACAAGAGUAGAAAAGUUAAUUUCAAUUUCUUUUGUUUGUGUACAAAUAUUCAAGUGGAAACAAAUUGCUAGUUUUAUAAGUUGUUGAAUUUAAUAAUACAAAGAGCAACUAUGAUUUGGGGUGCAAA